AUGAUUAGAAGAUGGUUAACAAUAAGCAAGUCGGGGAAGAAGAAAAAGACUGCUAAUGAUACUAUUACAGAAGAAGUAGAGAAGAUUGACUUUAAGCCUGUGAGCCACAAUAUAAAUGACGAAUUUUGUAACAGCGAAUCAUCUGACAAUCCUUCCAGUUCAUUAUUUGUCUCUAAUUUGGAUACCAAAGAAACUCUCUUGAAUGAAGACAAUACCUUGCAAAUUUCUUCCGGACUAGACUAUUAUUCUGAAACGUGCAAUCAAGGCAGUAAUUACAGUCAGGAUGAGAUAUUCAAUAUGGCGAACGCAAAGCCUAUAUACACAUAUGGAGGUAUUAUCACGCAAGGGCCCGAAGUACCUAUAUUAGCUACAAAGGUGUCCGACUUAAUGCCCUAUGGAGACGGCUCCAACAAAGUAUUCGGGUACGAAAAUUUUGGCAAUACGUGCUACUGUAACUCUGUUCUCCAGUGCCUCUAUAAUCUGUCCUCAUUACGUGAGAAUAUUUUACAAUUUCCAAAAAAGUCAAGGGAGUCUGGUCAAUCAAGAAAGAAUGAAAUGAGAGGUAAUAAACCAAGAAUAUUUACCGAAGCAAGCUUUGAAAGAAGCAGUACUAGUACCAAUGGACAUCUACCUAAUUCUAAAUCACAAUCUAUUGAUGAAGGAAAAUCUACUCCUGUAAAUUCUGUAAAUUCAAAUGCAACUGGACUUCCAGAGAAAAAGAGCAAAUUUUUUAAAAGUUUUAGCGCGAAGCAUGCACAAGAUAACAAUAAAAAGGAGGGAAGUCCUGCUUUAUUAACCACUCCAAAACCGUCUUCUGGUUCACAAGAUCCUCCUCCAUUGGUAGUGGAAACACCUAAUGAGCCUGGAGCUCCGAGCAGAUUGAGCUCCGAGAACGUCACAGAGAGACCGCCGGAUGUUCCUCGUAAAAUUAUUGUUGGUAGAGUUCUUAGUUAUGAAAAUCCUUCAAGAGGUAGCAGUAAUAGUAACAACCUGGACCUGAAAGGAGAAAGUAAUAGCAGCUUAUUCACCCCGCUUGAUAAAAAAGAUACUAGAAGAUCUAGUUCAUCUUCUCAAAUAUCUCCAGAACAUAGAAAGAAAUCCGCUCUUAUUCGUGGACCGGUGCUUAAUAUUGACCAUAGCUUAAACGGCUUAGAUAAGGCUACUCUCUAUUCCAGUUUGAGAGACAUCUUUGAAUGCAUAACGGAGAAUACGUAUUUGACUGGUGUUGUAUCACCUAGUUCGUUUGUUGAUGUUCUCAAAAGAGAAAACGUAUUAUUUAAUACUACUAUGCAUCAAGAUGCCCAUGAGUUUUUCAAUUUCUUGCUAAACGAGUUGAGUGAAUAUAUAGAACGUGAGAAUAAGAAAAUAGCUGCCAAUGACAUUAACAACGAUAGCAUUCUGGGCAAGAAUACAAAUUUCAUCAGUAACUUGUUUCAAGGUACCUUGACAAACCAAAUAAAAUGUUUGACGUGUGAUAAUGUUACAUCUAGGGAUGAACCGUUUUUGGAUUUCCCCAUAGAAGUUCAGGGAGAUGAGGAAACAGAUAUACAAGCCAUUUUGAAAAGCUAUCACCAGCGAGAAAUGCUAAACGGCUCAAACAAGUUCUAUUGUGACGAAUGUUGCGGCUUACAGGAGGCAGAGAGACUAGUUGGUUUGAAGCAAUUGCCUGAUACUUUGACAUUACACUUGAAAAGAUUCAAGUACUCUGAGAAACAAAACUGUAAUAUUAAACUUUUUAAUAACAUUCACUAUCCCCUGACGCUAAAUGUUUGCUCUUCAAUAAAUUCAGAAGUUUGCCAAAAGUAUGAAUUGGCGGGGAUUGUCGUUCACAUGGGCGGUGGGCCACAACACGGUCAUUAUGUUUCCUUAUGUAAACAUGAAAAGUUUGGCUGGUUGUUGUUUGAUGAUGAAACGGUAGAGGCAGUCAAGGAGGAAACAGUGCUAGAAUUUACUGGUGAAUCUCCAAACAUGGCGACAGCAUAUGUUUUGUUUUAUAAAGCGGUGUAUUCAAAUGCUGUUAAUGAGAAUGAUCGUGAAAACAUGGCAAAAGAACAAGAGGGAAAUAUAGACAGUCUAAUCAAGUAUGACGAUUGGCUAAGAACUUGCAAUAAUGCUCAAAAGAAAAAAGAGGAGCAGUCUACAGCAGAAGAUUUGGAUACUGCUAUAGACGACAGUUUUGUUUCUAAUACACCCAUUAAGUCUUCAAAAAAAAAAUCAAGAAUGUUUAGUUUCAGGAAAAGCUGA